GCGCCGUGCCUGCCGCGGAAGCGCCGCCGCUUUCCGGAGCGCUCCGCUGCGCGCUGCUCUGCGGCCCGGCUCGGCUGCUGCGCUCCCGCUGCCGCCAGCAUGGUGGAGCCGCCGCCAGCGGAGGCAGCGGGCAGAGAGGUGCGGGACCGCCUGAGCCUGUGGGACCGCCGCCCGCAGCCCUCCGCGCCGCUCAGCGACCGCCAGACGGACUCGGUACUGGAACUGAAGGCGGCAGCUGAGAAUCUACCGGUGCCGCCCGAGCUUCCAAUUGAAGAUUUGUGCAGCCUAACUUCUCAGUCCCUGACUGUUACGCUGACAGCUGCAGUGCCAGAAUCCACAGAGGACAUUCUCCUGAAAGGAUUUUCCAUACUGGGGAUGGAAGAUGAAAGAAUUGAAACAGCACAGCAGUUCUUCUCCUGGUUUGCUCAGGUACAAACACAGAUGGAUCAAGAUGAAGGUGCCAAGUAUAGACAGAUGAGGGAUUACUUGUCUGGCUUUCAGGAGCAGUGUGAUGCUAUCUUGGAUGAUGUGAAUAGUGCUCUUCAGCACCUGGAGUCACUGCAAAAACAGUAUCUUUUUGUGUCCACGAAGACAGGAACGCUGCAUGAGGCCUGUGAACAGCUUCUGAAAGAGCAGUCAGAACUUGUUGACCUGGCUGAAAACAUCCAGCAGAAACUUUCUUAUUUUAAUGAGCUGGAAAACAUCAACACAAAACUGAAUUCCCCUACGCUGUCAGUGAACAGUGAAGGAUUCAUUCCCAUGCUGGCUAAGCUUGAUGAUUGUAUCGCAUAUAUUUCAUCACAUCCAAACUUUAAAGACUACACUGUAUAUUUGAUGAAGUUUAAACAAUGCCUUUCCAAAGCUAUGCACCUUAUCAAGACAUACACUGUGAAUACACUACAGAACCUCACAAACCAGUUAAUGAAAAGGGAUCCUUCAGCUGUGCCAAAUACUGACAAUGCCUUCACGCUGUUUUAUGUCAAGUUCAGAGCAGCUGCUCCCAAAGUCAGAGCUCUUAUUGAACAAGUAGAGCAAAGAUCUGAAAAAAUGCCAGAGUAUCAACAAGUUCUCAAUGAAAUCCAUCAAUGUUACCUUGACCAGAGGGAGCUUUUGCUUGGUCCGAGUAUUGCUAGCACUGUUACAGAAUUAACCAGCCAGAACAACAGAGAUCAUUGUGCUCUGGUACGAAGUGGUUGUGCCUUUAUGGUCCAUGUGUGCCAGGAUGAACACCAGCUUUACAAUGAGUUCUUCACCAAACCAACACCAAAACUGGAUGAACUGUUGGAGAAGUUGUGUCUUUCUCUGUAUGAUGUCCUCAGGCCAAUGAUCAUCCAUGUCAUUCACUUGGAGACGCUUUCUGAGCUCUGCGGGAUUCUCAAGAACGAGAUGCUUGAAGAUCAUGUGCAGAACAAUGCUGAACAACUGGGUGCAUUUGCAGCUGGUGUCAAGCAGAUGUUAGAAGAUGUACAAGAACGCCUUGUCUAUAGGACACAUAUUUACAUUCAGACUGAUAUCACAGGCUACAAGCCAGCUCCAGGUGAUCUUGCAUAUCCUGACAAGCUGGAAAUGAUGGAGCAAAUUGCACAGAGUUUAAAAGAGGACCAGAAGAAGCUGCCAUCUGAAGCUUCAUUUUCAGAUGUCCGACUAGAAGAUCCCGAGUCCUGCAGCUUAGUGAAAUCUGAUUCAGCAGAAUCUCUUCAUCCCAGGCACCAGACCACGAUUUCACCAGCAGAUCUGCAUGGGAUGUGGUAUCCUACUGUCAGAAGGACUCUAGUCUGCCUCUCCAAACUCUACAGAUGUAUAGAUAGGGCAGUGUUUCAGGGAUUAUCACAAGAGGCCUUAUCUGCCUGCAUUCAUUCUCUGCUGGGAGCUGCUGAUUCUAUCAGCAAAAACAAGACCCAAGUUGAUGGACAGCUUUUCUUAAUAAAACACCUUUUGAUCCUUCGUGAACAAAUUGCUCCUUUCCACACUGAUUUCACCAUUAAGGAAAUUUCCCUGGACCUUAAGAAAACUAGAGAUGCAGCAUUUAAAAUCCUGAACCCUAAAACAGUUUCAAGAUUUUUCAGACUGAACAGCAACAACGCCUUGAUACAGUUCUUACUGGAGGGCACUCCAGAAAUCAGAGAGCAUUACAUCGACUCUAAGAAAGAUGUCGAUCGUCAUUUGAAGUCGGCUUGCGAGCAGUUUAUUCAGCAGCAAACCAAACAGUUCAUAGAACAGCUGGAGGAGUUCAUGACAAAGGUAGCUGCUUUAAAAACAAUGGCCACUCAAGGAGGUCCCAAGUACAGCCUUUCACAGCAGCCUUGGGCACAGCCAGCAAAGAUCAACGAUCUGGUCUCUUCCACUUACAAGACAAUAAAAACAAAGCUGCCUUCAACGUUACGAAGUAUGUCAUUGUACUUGUCCAACAAAGACACAGAGCUAAUCUUGUUCAAGCCAGUCAGGAAUAACAUUCAGCAAAUGUUCCAGAAGCUUCAUGCUUUGUUAAAGGAAGAAUUCAGUGAUGAAGAUAUCCAGAUCAUAGCUUGUCCUUCAAUGGAACAGGUCAACUUGCUUUUGUCAAUGUCGAAAUAGCUCGACAGUGAAGCUGCUUGAAAUAAGCUUCAGCUGAAUACCAGACAGUGAAAGGAAUGCAAAGACAUUUGGUUGAAGUAAAUGAAGGAUUUAACUGUGCAGUCCAGCUGACAUCAAAGCUAUCCAGCCUGCUUAACCAUGUUCUAGGAAGGAAAAAAACAACCACCAACCCAAAAAACCCAAACCCUGACAAACAACUUUUGUUAAAGGUCUUUCCCGUUCAUUGGCUUGAGAAGUGGAGGGGAUAGAAAACAAAACAAAAAGCUCCUGGCUGAUCACUCUUACGGAAGUUCAGUUGCUGCCUUAGCCAGGUGCUUUUAAAGCUGAAAUUCUGGAGUGGUUUCCACAUGAAAAUCCUCCUUUCCUUUUACUAAGUUGACAUGAAAAGAGCCACACUUCCAAAGACAAGCUGAAAGUAAAGCACAGAAAUGAUUAUCUGCAAGGCUUGGAGAUAAGCACAUUGGUAUGACUCCCCCCCCCACCCCACCAAAAUCCUGGUAAUCCACCGUGUGCUUCAACAUAUUUCAGAGCUUCUUAGUUGGGAAAGCUUUGUUUGCUGCACAUGAUGAAGCAUUGUGUGAAACACUGGACAUACUCUUUUUCUUAUGCUGUUGUGACUGGGAGCUGUGAAGUCAGACCUGAAGUUUCAAGCUCUAACCUCCCUCAGGAGUCUCAGCUGCUUGGGAUUUGCAGUGGAAAGCUGUGCAAUGUAAUUUCUGUUGUGCCUGAGGGAACUGCGUGCUUUCAGGUGCUUCACAGCAAAACUUAGCAUUUUGAUUCUCAGGUUAAUGUGAGGUGGGUUUUGUGACCUUUUUUGAUCAGAUGGUGGUUGUUGCAUUGCUUUAAGUGGGAAGGGGCUGAAAUUUGUGCAGCUUUUGUGUGCUGGAGUAAGUGUUAAUAAGUGGGGGUGGGGAUAGCAGGAAUGGAAUGCGCAAGCCUGUCAAAUCAGCAUUGUAAGCAGAAGAGAAGUACUCGCUAACUGGUAAACAGUGCACACUGCUCGGUUUGCAUUAAUUGGUUGCUAUUUUGGAAAGCUGAAUGCUAAACACUUGGCCAUUACUGGAAGGAAACACUACAAGCAGCUUUAGGGUGGCUCAGUGUGCAAGUCUUUAUUGUGCAGCACUGCAGAAGGAAAAAGUGGUGACUUGCACGGCAAAUUUUGACCUUAUUUAUGGAAAAACGUUCUGUAAUUAUAAGUAUGUAGACAUUUCCUUGCACAUCAGUGGUGGUUUAGCAGUUUUUCAGUUAGAAAUCACAUGGCUGGAGGCUUGAGAUGGUGAGAGUUCAGGCUACCAUGGGAGGCAGUGGCAGCUGUAGUGCUGAGGUACGUAAGUGGUACUCGUAGGACCUGGCGUGGCUCCUUAAGAAUCAACUGAAGGAACUAACAAGGAAGAAAACUUGCCCUUUCUCUUUACUUCUGUAGGAAUACAGCUGUAAACUGCUGCCCAGUGCAUUGUACUAUAUGUAUAUUUGGGUUUUAUAGAGUUUUACAGAAGGACUGCAUGGUUGCUCUGCAGAGGACUGUUGCUCUACAGAGGACAUGGUUGCUCUACAGAGUCGCACAGACCUUGCACCGACAAGAAGCGAAGGGUAAACCUUCAUAGCAGUAGUCACUCUUGUGCUUGGGAUCCUCUCUGUUAGAGCAAGCAGCCAGACAGCUGUAGGACAGCUGGUUGAAAGAUCAGCAAAGCAAUCAGUUCAGUACAGCCUGUUUGCUAAAUGAGCACUUGUUUAAAGGUGUACAGUUUCGGAUACUUGCGUUUACAGAUAGUGUAAAUACUCCCAGAAGAUUAAUUUAAGAUGCUUUGUAUUACCUGAUUAGGAACUUGCUGUUUUUCAUUUUUUUAAAUCUAAAGCUUGCCUCCUCUUUUUGGUCCAAGAGUCAAGCUUUAUUCUGUAUCCUGAGGCUUCUCUGUCGAGGUAACUAACACAGAGACAGCAAACAUGCUGUAAACACAGGCAAUACGUUGCUGAGUUCUUUUUUAGCAGCAAAAGAGUUGACUUGGCACAGACGUGUACAGCUCAUUGUUGAAGUAAUGCCUCUUUAUGGUUAUAAUAAAAGUCAAUUUGUAUUUUCUUUACUGAUGAA